AUGUCAACAUCUCCACCGACACUGGAUAAGAAUAAAACCGACAUUGAAUCCCAGUCUGGCAUACAUAUAACGCCAGUCGACAAUGCGGAAUCCUCUACCUCAGCAACACCGACGGCAGAAGAAGUCGACUUAGGCGAAUCGAACGUCCCCAAGCUCUCCCUCCCCCACCUCUUCUGGUUUUUCUUCUACAACUUCGGCCUUUUCGCCUGGGGUGGUCCAGUCGCGCAAAUCGCACUCAUCAAAGAUCGCCUCGUCAUAAAGGAUCAAUGGAUCUCCCUCGAGCGCUUCCAACGCGUCUUUGCUGUCUACCAAAUCCUCCCUGGUCCUGAGGCAGCAGAACUUUGCAUGUUCUUCGGGUGUCUGAGUAAUGGGAGACUUGGGGGCAUUGUUGCUGGGUUGGCAUUUAUCUUGCCUGGGUUUGUGUUGAUGUUGGUGGCGAGUUAUGUGUAUAGUUUGGCCGGUAUGGACAAUAAGUGGUUUAAUGCGAGUUUUAGAGCGCUGCAACCAGUUGUUGCUGCUAUGAUUUUCAGAGCCACGCAUAAAAUCGCGGAUCACUCGCUCCAUAAACCAGAAUCCAAGAAGACGGAUCCUUUCCUCGUCAUUAUUGCAAUCUGUACUAUGAUCAACAGCGCUCUUCGGCUAAACAUCCUCAUCUCCCUCGCUCUCUACGGAGUAAUCUACACCCUCAUAUCUCGCCGUCUAUGGAUUCCUGCCGCCAUCCUCUUCCUUGCCCAAUACAUCGGCUACACCCUCUACGUAAUCUUCCACGGUAUCCCUUCCCCUGUCUCCCUCGCCCUAGGCAUCGCUCCCACACCCUCUCUCCUCCACCUCUUCCUUCUCGGCCUUGUCGCUGGUACGCUUUCAUUCGGCGGUGCAUAUACUGCGAUUCCUUUCAUUCAGGUUGAAGCUGUGUUGAAAGGUGGGUGGCUGUCACAACGCGUGUUUAUUGAUUGCAUUGCAAUCGGAAACGUGCUGCCUGCGCCGUUGGUGAUUUUCGCGACGUUCGUGGGGUUUCAGGGGGGGAUGAAAGAUGGGGGUUUGGGAGUAGCGUUUGCGGGCGCGGUGAUUAUUACCCUGGGAAUGUUUUUCCCGUGCUUUGUUUUUACGAUUGCGGGACACAAAGUUUUGGAGAAGCUGGUUUAUAAUAAGUUCCUAGCUCCUUUUUUCACCGGCCUUUGUGCCUCCGUCAUUGGCGUAAUCGCAGUCAUCGCCUUCCAAAUCCUAAAACCAGCGAUUGAGGGGUCAAUGGAGAGUUUUUCGAUUGUGCCGACGGAGCAUGCGAUUCAGAAGGCGAGCGAGAGUGGGAUUGCGGCGGUGUUGUAUGCAGUCAGUUUAGGGGUUUUGUAUAAGUUUAGCGGGAAGUGGGUGGUGGUUGUUAUGGUGGUGGUAGCGGCUGUUAGUGGGCAGUUUUUGUUUAUUUAA